CAAGAUACAGCUCACAUGCCGUGCCCCUCUUUUUGAUUGGCUGGUUAGGGAGCAGUGGGCGUGGCUUCGAGGAAGGCAUAUAAAAGCAUUGUUGCGGGGGUAAAGAGACUGCGGAGCUCGGCAGCUGUUGAAACGACUGGAGGGAGGAGCGUAUGGUAGAAGUUUCCAGACAAUAACUAUCCAUAUACUCACUUCAAACAACGACAGAUUAUUUUAAAACUUGGAACUCUGAGACGCAUCUGUUGAACACUAAAGAGAAGAAAAGCAUGCCUGAAGUCUUUGCACCAAUAGAGGCUGGCAGUAUACCUCCGUCCCCAGUGGACAGCAGUCCCAGAAGGCUGUCCUGGGGCAAACUGGUCCAAAGACUGGCUGAUUUCAGCACAAACGACUGCAGCAUUGUAUCAGGGUCCAACAAUGGCAGCAGGAGUGAUCUUUCAGACUCAGGAUCCGAUGUCUCCAGUGAUCUGUGUCCCUCUGAUGAUGACCUAUUCUUUCACCCAAUGGAGGAACUAAUCCUGAAAGAAGUAGUGGACCUUAUUGCACGAAGCCUAAGGGAGGCCAAAGACUCAGAUUGCGCUUUGAGAUGUACCAAACUGCUCAUUCCUGAGAAACUUCUGGAGCACAUCGGACAGGAGCUCCUCCACCUGGCAGCUAGCGAGCCCUGCGGUUUAAGAGGGGCUCUCAUUGACCUCUGCGUGGAGCAAGGGACCACCUGCGAGAGCAUAGACCAGCUAUCCGUGGACCCCUAUCUCGUCCCGACGUUUCAGCUCACUCUGGUGCUGAGGCUAGAGUCAGGGGGCCUGUGGCCUAAAAUCCAAGGACUGUUCAGCUCCAGGUCUCCUUCCACUCCAGUUCUGAGACAAGCUGUAAAACUCAGCACUGGGUUCCGUGUGAUUAAAAAGAAACUGUAUUCAUCUGAAGGGCUGCUCAUAGAGGAAUGUUGAAUGUCUUGAGUUGACGGUACAAACUCACAGAAUGGCCUUAGAACUUCAAAUAUGUGAUGGCUUUUGAAGUGUAAGGAUGGACUUUGUGAUAAUGUAGCCUUUCGUUCCUACUGUAAUGGAGCUGAGGUUUAUGGUACUUGGAGCGUCGAUUUUAGCCUAACUAUUGUGCUUCAUUUUGAUAAACGGGCAUUUUGCAAAUAUUAAAGUGUGAACCUUAGUUUCUAUUGAAACUUUGUUAAGGCAGCUAGCUGUAUUCUUUAAAUCUUUGCAGAUUUCUUUUUUCAUAUAAAUAUGUUCGCAAAUCGAACUUUAGACCAUCGUGUUGGAUAUCUUUGACACUCCCAGAGUUAAAACCAGCCAGUGCUUGUAAAUUUGCAAGCUACAGUUCAGGUUUCAAACCUCUUUGAAUUUUAUUUCUUUUUUUUGUUAAGUGUUUGGACCUCCUCCUUUUUAUUUGAUAUUCAGAUUCUCAUAACGUUGCACUGUUUUUGUACUAUCAUGAUCACAAAUAAAUUAUAAUUUUUUUUUUUUUUAUAACAGUC